AAAGGGAUUGGAAUUUCUCUCAGAGCAAGAGUGCUAUUACGGACAUAUUCGGGACAUUGUUAUGUUAAGAGAAACAUAGGCUUUGUGUAUGGUUUCCUAUUUCAAGUUAUUUAUCACUUGUUUUAUAUCAUUAUUUAAUAAUGAUAGUCAUUUAAACAAGAUAUUAUAUAAAUAUAUUUAUAUAUAUACUGGUUUUCUAUUCGUUUUUUAAUAGUUAGUUAGACUAAGAUAUGUUUCACCCUGCAUUUUGACGUUAGUUUAACAUUUAAAACGUUUUAAUUAAGUUGUUGCGUGUUAGCCUACACUGCAUGCAAAUUUGGAAUAAUACAUACUUGUUUAAGUUGCAGUUUCUGCGAAGACUAAACUAACAGUGCGCACAGGUACCAAGGGCAGGUAACAGAAAAAGUGUCUCAAUAUGGGCGACAACCCUGACUUUGACGAUGAAGAAAUUAAAGAAGAGAAAAUUGGUCUGGAUCUGGGAAAAACGAACCCUUCCAAAUCCGUGGACUUGGAGGAACAAAUUGAAUGCACGAGCAUCUCGAAUGUGAACAAGGACAAUACAACUAUUACGCAUUUAUACAAAAGGAGAUGGGUGAUGGUGUUACUUUUCAGCUCUUAUUCCCUGUGCAACGCAUUUCAAUGGAUCCAAUACGGAAUAAUUAACAAUAUUUUUAUGAAAUUCUACAAUGUGGACUCUUUUGCCAUCGACUGGAUGUCAAUGAUCUAUAUGUUGACAUAUAUUCCCUUUAUAUGGCCUGUCUCCUGGCUUUUAGACAAAAAAGGACUGCGGCUCAUAGCACUGAUGGCCACCGCCAUUAAUUGCCUUGGGACAUGGAUCAAGGUGGCCAGCGUCAAGCAAAACCUAUUUUGGGUGACCAUGCUUGGACAAUUCGCAGGCUCCCUAUCACAGGUAUUCAUCCUUGGGAUGCCUUCCCGCCUAGCAUCGGUUUGGUUUGGCUCUGAAGAGGUGUCCACCGCCUGUUCCAUCGGCGUAUUUGGGAAUCAGAUGGGCAUUGCCAUUGGCUUUCUGGUGCCGCCCAUCCUCGUGCCAAAUGUUGAUGAUAUGGACGAUCUGGCAUACCACAUCAGCAUCAUGUUCUACAUCACUGCUGGAAUGGCCACCGUGAUCUUCAUCCUCGUAGUCUUCAUGUUCCAAGAGAAGCCGGAAAUCCCUCCCACCCUGGCUCAGGUCCAGGCCAGGAGCACCCCUCCAGAAGAGUACUCCUACAUGGCCUCUAUCCUGAGACUGCUGCGUAACUUACCCUUCAUGCUCCUUGUUAUCAGUUAUGGGCUGAAUGUCGGUUGUUUCUAUGCUGUUUCCACACUGCUGAACCGGAUGAUUAUUGAGCAUUAUCCAGGUGAAGAGGUGAAUGCUGGGAGAAUUGGCCUCACCAUUGUCAUUGCCGGGAUGGUGGGGUCCCUCAUAUGUGGGAUCUGGUUGGACAAGACCAAAACCUACAAACAGACUACCCUGGCUGUGUAUCUCAUGUCCUUCGUGGGAAUGGUGGUCUAUGCCUUCACUCUGAACUUAGGCCACCUAUGGGUGGUGUUCGUGACAUCAGGGGCUCUAGGGUUCUUCAUGACUGGGUACCUGCCACUUGGCUUUGAGUUUGCUGUGGAGCUGACCUUCCCAGAGGGUGAGGGCACCUCCUCAGGCCUGCUCAACUGUUCAGCUCAGAUAUUUGGGAUCAUAUUCACCAUCGGUCAAGGGAAGAUCAUAGACCACUUUGGCACAUUCGCUGGGAACAUCUUUUUAUGUGUCUUCCUCCUCAUAGGGACCAUUAUGACAGCAUUCAUCAAGUCUGACCUCCGACGGCAAAAGGCCAACCAUCUGGCUGAGAAUCAGGUGGCGAGUGCUGCAGGCUCCCCGUCUCGGGUACAGGACUACGGGGCCACAGCACCCAGCAGCCCUCAGGAGCAGCAGUCCUGACACUAACCUCACUAAAACCCAAACACACACCAGCCAAGAAACAAGCAGGUCACCCACAGGAAGGCCUCUCACAGCCAGCUACACUGAAGGACAUCAAAGUAUAAGGAGGAAAUCCAGUUGAACGGGUGUGAAAAGAAAGAAAUCCCAUCAUACACUUGGAAUCACACAGGUUCUCCCUCUACAGCAAAUUACUCGUCAGAAGAUAACUGGUUUGAUUAUCAAGCACAACCAAGGGUAUUUCCAUUUUUUUGUGCUGAUAAUUCAUAUUUAACUGUCACUUUUUGAGAGUACACUAUGAAUUGUUAAUAUUUUCAUUUUGGUUUCUCUAGCUUUAAAUGUCUCCAAUCUAAGUAUUAUAAAUGUUGAUGUCUGUGCAUUUUGAUAUGAGCAAUAUUCAAACUGUGCUAUUUGUUUCCUGUUAUUUGACCAAUACCAUACUGGAACAGAAAGUAUUAAUGUAACUGAUCUAUUUUUGGAAUUUGUUAACGUUAAUUACAAUUAGACUACAGAUUCAGUGGUUUCAGUUGAAUGGCAGUCUGUUCAGAGGGCCGAGCCGAUCCAGUCAAGCCAACUCACCUAGUGGCUUAACAGGAUUUUGAGAUUGCUAUCUGCCAUAUAGGAUUACAAGGAGAUAAUUGUGAGUAAAUCAAAUCAAAUCAAAUUGUAUUUGUCACAUGCACCGAAUACAACAGGUAGACCUUACAGUGAAAUGCUUACUUACAAGACCUUAACCAACAAUGCAGUUUUAAGAAAAUACAUGUUAAGUAAAAAAUAGAUAAGUAUAAAAUAAUAAAUAAAAGUAACAAAUACUGCUGAUAAUGGUGAAUAUGUUUGAUACUGUGCAUCUGAGUAUGUCUCAUAAGGACUCAACCUCUUUAACCACAUUCUUAGAACUUUAGGACUAUUCUAUUUAAUAUUUAUCUGCAUUGACUUGUUAAAUAGCCUUUAAAGGAACACAAUGAUAACAGAAUGUGAGCAAAAAAUCAUUAGUGUGGCGAGACAAUCCAAUGGACUUUUUGGAAGUAGGCUAGUGUUGUAUUUUCUAAAGUAUAUUAUUAUUUUGACCUGUAGUUUUGUUACUGAGAAACCUUUUUCAUCUGCUUAUUUGACUUGAUGUGUUGCAGUUAGAAGUUGUCCAGUGAUUUUUCUUUUUUAAUGAUUGUGUAAUCUUAUAAGUGUUUUUCACUCAAAUGAUACAGUAUAUUGUUAAGUAUAAUCAUUGUAUACACAGUACCAGUCAAACGUUUGGACACACCUACUCAUUCAAGGGUUUUAUUUAGUUUGACUAUUUUCUACAUUGUAGAAUAAUUGUGAAGACACCAAAGCUAUGAAAUAACACAUAUGGAAUCAUGUAGUAACCAAAAAAGUGUUAAACAAAUCAAAAUAUAUUUCAUAUUUGAGAUUCUUCAAAGUAGCCAUCCUUAACCUUGACAGCUUUGCACACUCUCAGGUAGUCACCUGGAAUGCAUUUCAAUUAACAGGUGUGCCUACUUAAAAGUGAAUUUGUGGAAUUUCUUCCAUUCUUAAUGCAUUUGAGCCAAUCAGUUGUGUUGUGAAAAGGUAGGGGGGUAUACAGAAGAUAGCCCUAUUUGGUAAAAUAACAAGUCCAUAUUAUGGCAAGAACAGCUCAAAUAAGCAAAGAGAAAUUACAGUCCAUGAUUACUUUAAGACAUGAAUGUCAGUCAAUGCAGAACAUUUCAAGAACUUUGAAAGUUUCUUCAAGUGCAGUCACAAAAACCAUCAAGCUUUAUGACGAAAUUGGUUCUCACGAGGACCGCCACAGGAAAGGAAGGCCCAGAGUUACCUCUGCUGCAGAGUAUAAGUUCAUUGGAGUUACCAGCCUCAGAAAUUGCAGCCAAAAUAAAUGCAUCAGAGUUCAAGUAACAGACACGUCUCAACAUCAACUGUUCAGAGGAGACUGUGUGAAUCAGGCCUUCAUGGUUGAAUUGCUGCAAAGAAAUCACUACUAAAGGACACCAAUAAUAAGAAGAGACUUGCUUGGGCCAAGAAACACGAGCAAUGGACAUUAUAAUCUGUGGAAUCUGUCCUUUGGACUGAUGAGUCCAAAUUUUAGAUUUUUCAUUCCAACCGACGUGUCUUUGUGAGACGCAGAGUAGGUGAAUGGAUGAUCUCCACAUGUGAGGUUGUGCAUGGAGGUGGUGGCGUGAUGGUGCUUUGCUGGUGACACUGUCUGAUUUAUUUUGAAUUCAAGGCACACUUAACCAGCAUGGCUACCACAGCAUUCUACAGCGAUACGCUAUCCCAUCUGGUUUGCACUUAGUGGGACUAUCAUUUGUCAAUGACCCAACACACCUCCAGGCUGCGUAAGGGCUAUUUGACAAAGAAGGAGAGUGAUGGAGUGCUGCAUCAGAUGACCUGGCUUCCACAAUCACCUGACCUCAAUCCAAUUGAGAUGGUUUGGGAUGAGUUGGACUAGAGUGAAGGAAAAGCAGCCAACAAGUGCUCAGCAUGUGGGAACUCCUUUAAGACAGUUGGAAAAGCAUUCCAGGUGAAGCUGUUUAAGAGCAUACCAAGAGUGUGCAAAGCUGUCAAGGCAAAUGGUGGGAAUCUAAAAUCUAUUGAACACUUUUGUUACUACAUGAUUUCUUUCAUAAUUUUGAUGUAUUCACUAUUAUUGUAAAAUGCAGAAAAUAGUAAAAAUAAAGAAAAACCCUGGAAUGAGUAAGUGUCCAAACUUUUGACUGGUACGGCUUGUCAUACUCUGUAAUGAAGAACAAUCAUAGUUUUGUAAAACGGUUUGUAGACAUUGUUUGGACAAAUUCUCAGAUACUGUGAACAAUUGCACCUGGUAAUCUGGUGAACUAAAUUGAGAUAAAUGCUC